UCACAGGAUGAGCUGGAUGAACUUCGGGCUGAAAUGGAAGAAAUGCGUGACAGCUAUUUGGAGGAAGAUGUUUACCAGCUGCAGGAGCUCCGGCGAGAGCUGGACCGGGCAAACAAGAAUUGUCGCAUUUUACAAUAUCGUCUCAGGAAAGCGGAACAGAAAAGCUUGAAAGUUGCACAAACAGGCCAUGUGGAUGGAGAGCUCAUUAGGAGCCUGGAACAAGAUUUAAAGGUAGCCAAAGAUGUUUCUGUCAGACUGCACCAUGAGCUGGAGAGCGUGGAGGAGAAACGUGUUAAAGCAGAAGAUGAAAAUGAAAUCCUUCGGCAGCAAAUCAUUGAGGUGGAAGUAUCCAAGCAGACACUGCAAAAUGAAUUGGACAAGUUAAAAGAGAGUUCCCUGAAGAGAAGAGGCAGCAGAGAAAUGCACAAAGAAAAAAAGGCAUUUACACAGGAGGACAGCGCUGAUUUGAAGUGCCAGCUCCAGUUUGCCAAAGAGGAGGCAGCGCUGAUGCGGAAGAAGAUGGCCAAACUGGGGAGAGAGAAGGAUGAACUGGAGCAGGAGCUCCAGAAAUACAAGUCCAUCUAUGGAGAUGUGGACAGUCCCCUGCCUACAGGCGAGGCAGGAGGUCCGCCCAGCACCAGGGAGGCUGAGCUGAAGCUUCGUUUGAAGCUGGUGGAGGAGGAAGCCAACAUACUGGGCAGAAAAAUAGUGGAACUGGAGGUGGAGAACAGGGGGAUUAAAGCUGAGAUGGAGGAUAUGAGGUGCCAGUAUGAAAAGGAGUGUCUCAGCAGGGACCACAUUUCAAGCAUUCCUACCUCGCCCUACGGUGACUCCGUGGAGUCGGCCACAGAGCUGCGCCGGCACCUGCAGUUCGUGGAAGAGGAAGCAGAACUGCUGAGGCGGUCCAUCUCCGAAAUCGAGGAUCACAACAAGCAGCUCACGAAUGAGCUGAACAAAUUCAAGUUUGAGCCAGGCCAGGAGCCGGGCUGGUUGGAUGACGCAGCGUCCAAGUGUGGUGGCACCUUGCAAGAGGAGCUGAAGUCGGCCAGGUCGCAAAUCAACGAGCUGAGUGGGAAAGUGAUGAAGCUCCAGUAUGAGAACAGGGUCCUGAUGUCCAAUGUCCAGCGUUAUGAUCUUGCCUCUCACCUGGGCCUGCGCACUUCCAGCCCCAGGGACAGCGAUGCCGACAGCGAUGCUGGGAAGAAGGAGAGUGACAGUGAAGAGGGUCGCCCACCCCAGCCAAAGAGAGAGGGGCCCAUCGGGGGUGAGAGCGACUCUGAAGAAGUUUAUGAGAAGACGUCAGGUUUUGGGAGCGGAAAGCCAUCGGAAGUCAGCGACCUGUGCUCCGCCGAGCUCAUGAGAGUGAAAGAGGACACUGAGUCUUUAAUUAACAUCAAACGUGAGGCUGAGCGGCUCGAAAGGACUGUGGACCGCCUUAUCACGGAUACAGACAGCUUGAUUUAUGAUGCCAAGGUGCAUGUAACCAGCACCCCGUCCACCGAGCAGGAUUUCAAAAGUGGUGAGGAAUGUGGAGUAGAUAAGCGUGAACCCGAGCUUCUGGACACCAUCAACUCCAGGAUGAAAGCCUUCCGGAAGGAGCUGCAGACCUUCCUGGAGAAGGUUGAUCACAUUGGAGAGGGCCUUAAGGAGCAGAUGGAGGACCUCUCCCCUCUUCCGCAUCUCACGGAGUCUUCCAGUUUUCUCUCCACAAUGACAUCCAUGUCUCGAGACUCUCCCAUUGGUAACCUGGGCAAGGAGUUAAUCACCGACUUCCAGUCCAAACUGAGGGAUCAGAUGGAGUGGCAGCUCAAACAAGAUCGUGGAGAGGAGCGAGAGAUUCACCCCCAGCGAGCCACCACCGACCCACACCGCAGAGCUGAUGGAGACAUUAAACUCUACAGGCCAGGAAACAAGGGCUGUUUCAGUCUAGAGCUGGAGGAGGAGCAUAUGCAGACCCUGCGGAGGAAAGACUUGGAAGUGCAGAGCUUGACUUUGCAGAACAAACUGGAAGAGAAGACCUGGAGCCAGGAGAAAAGUCUGCUGCAGCAAGAACUCAGGCAUUUCAAGCAGGACACCUUUCUCCUGUAUGUCAAACUGAAGCGGCUGCUGAAACAUUGGCGGCAAGGCAAGCGAAUGGAAGAGGAAGGGGAGGACGUAUUAGAGAUUGAGCACCCUGAGGCCCUCCCAGACUUUGGCAUUCAGUCUGAGCAGAAGGCAGAUGAUGCAGAGCGAGAGGAGGAGGAAGAGGAUGUUGUGUUUGCACUGACAGAUUUCUCCCAGCGUCCCACCAUGGAAAGCACUGAUCAUGGACCACAGCUGCAGACUGCAGAAUUACUGCAGCAGCAGAAGCAGGCGAGUGAAAAUCGGAAGCUCUUGAAUGCUCUGAAGGGUUUGCUGGAUGACUUCCGCUCGGAGCUGCGGAACGAGGAGCGUGAGCGCCAGGGGCUUCAGCAGCAGUAUGCCCUGCACAAGGCAGCCUGGGAGGUGGAAAUGACUCAACUGAAGUGCCACCUAGAGCAGCUGGAAAGGAAGGGUGAGAACACGUCAGGAGAAACAGGCCUCACUUCUGAUGCAAAGGGAGCUUUUAAAAGGGAAAGAGAGGAGCACAAGAAGCUUCUGGCUGAGAGUCAUAGUGCGGUGAUGGACCUCCGCUGGCAAAUCCAGCACAGUGAGAAGAACUGGAACAGGGAGAAGGUGGAACUCCUGGACAGGCUUGACAGAGACCGGCGAGAAUGGGAGCGUCAAAAGAAGGAGCUGAUGAGGCGGAUAGAGCAGCUUCAGAGAGAAGUGAGCCCACGAAGAGGAGGUAGCUUUCUGUGUGACCAGAAGGAGAGUAACCUUCGUCCAUUUACAACCCAGGGGAACCUUCACGUGCCUCGUCCGAUGGGGUCAAGAUCCUACUCUGACUCAGACGCCAUUCAGUUUGACGAUCGGUCCUUGUCUAAGCUGAAGGAGAGUGAUCGGUGCAGUGCCACAGAAAACCUCUUUCUGGAGUCACUGUCGCUUGAUUCCCCUGAGUCUGAUGAGCACCGGUCUCGGCAGCUGGAGCGGGAGAAAUUCUUGACCGGAUUAACAGAA